AUGGCGGCGGCGACGCAGGAGUACAUGGAGAAGGCGCAGCUCCGGCAGAGCUACCGCAACGUCUGGCACACCGACCUCACCAGCGCCACCCAAGCGGAUCUCCCAUACUGCUGUCUGUCGCUGUGGUGCGGCCCAUGCGUCUCCUACAUGCUUCGCAGGCGUGCUCUCUACAACGACAUGUCAAGAUACGUGUGCUGCGCCGGGUACAUGCCAUGCAGCGGGAGGUGCGGCGAGAGCAGAUGCCCAGAAGUAUGCCUCGCGACAGAGGUGUUCUGCUGCUUCGGCACCUCUGUUGGGUCGACCAGGUUCCUGCUGCAGGACGAGUUCAACAUUCAGACGACCCAGUGCGACAACUGCAUCAUCAGCUUCAUGUUCAUCCUCCAGCAGCUGGCCUGCAUCUGCUCCAUUGUCGCCUGCAUCGUCGGCAACCAGCAGCUGUCGGAGGCGUCGCGGGCGAUCUCCUGCUUAUCUGACAUGGUCUACUGGACGGUCUGCUCCUGUAUGCAGACGCAGCAUAAGGUGGAGAUGGACAAGAGGGAUGGCAAGCUGGGCGGCCCAAUGGCGUUUCCUGCGAUGCAGCAGAUGUCGCGCAUGUACCAGUAGACCGGGUCCGUGCCGCGCCCGGCACACUACAGGUGGCUGGGGUUGAUGUUUGAGGAAUGGACGGAGAUCAGAUCAUCUAGAUCGAUGAAUAUUUGUUUGUAGUUUGUACACCAUUGAACUGUCUCAUGUUCCAUUUGGCGAUUCUGUGAACUUGCAAAUUUCUCUGUGAGGGCGGGCGAUCUUCACCCGACCGCUCCCACUUCGAGAGACAU